CAGUUUUAAAAUUUUUCUUAAAGUUCCGCGCACAAUAAGUUGGGCACGUGUUGUUUUUAAAAGAAUUACUAAAUUGUGAUUUACUAUCAAUUUCCUUCUAAAACGUUGUAAGAUUAUUAUCGAUAUUCUAAUCAGUUAGCUUUUUAGUGUACAACCAAUACACGAUGUAAAAUUAAUAUUGUGCGAUGUCCAAAGAAGGUUAUAGUACAGAGAAGAAAGAAGGUGAUAGUAAAAUAGUUCUGGAGAGGUUACAAUCAUACUUAAAGGAUAAAAGAAGUGCUGAAACAUCAGAAUCUAGUAUAAGUUACCCUAAACCUAGUACAAGUUUCGAACAAAGCACACAAGGUACUUCAGCUGUUGAAGACAGCAGUACUGUUUUACGAGAAGUUUUAAAUCACAAGAAAGCAGAAUUGCUACGUCAGCCAGAAAUUAUUGCGUAUUUAAAGGACGUAUCUGCAGCUCUUAAGAAAUAAUGGAAAUGAUAACUCGGAAAAAUGUUGCCGCUUUGAUGCGGAAAACAUUAGACCGGCAAAAUGCUCAGGCUCGGAUGAAAUUGUCGUUUAAAAAAGGUCAAAUAGAGCAAGUUCUAGUAAAUUACACAAGGAACAGUAAUGUUGGUCCAUACCAUGAUCUCGUCAAAGUAUUAGAGGAAUUUCCUAUAAAUGAUGACAACUAUCAAGUACUGCUAGAAGAUUGUUUAGCUUCCGUCGUUCUUCUUGGAAGGGAACUGAAGCAUUUCGUUGAUGUUUUGUGCAAUGUGGAGUGGGCCGGUAGAGGGGAGAAGUUUGUGGAAAUGUACAGUCGAUUUGUACUUAAUCUUGUAACUGCUCAUACAUACCAUUGCCCUAGAGUUAUGACUAACUUGGUUAAGUUAUUUAAAGUUGAUGGUACAAAUUGGGAUGAUCAACCACCAGAAGAAUUGAUGGCUAAGUGGUCCAACAUUCAUACAAUUAUUGCACAAAUUGUUGCCGUGAUGCCUAUGACAACUGACCUACUAAUGCAAACAAUCAUUGACCAGUUCCCAUAUUACAAGGCAGGCUGUUUCUCAAACAGAGCUUAUGUACAUAAUUUAAUAUGGAUGGGCAAAUAUUUACCAUUGCUAAAGGAGCAACUUGUCAUGGCUAUUAUUAACAGAAUGGUUACGAUGGAUGUUAAUAUAGAAGAUCAAGCUAAAAAUAAGGCACAAAUAGACACGAUGUUUGAAAUGGAUGCAGAGGAACAGGAUACUGUAUCAGAGACACUGGAUUAUUGUAUGAUAGAAGUAUUAAAAUGGCUAGAAGAUGAGAGAGAACCCGCUCUUGUUAUAAUGUGUAAUGUCUUUGAGAGAGUUAUAUUACCAACGCAUGGUAUAAGACACGUCCAAUUCUUAAUUCUAUACACAAUAUCAAUAAGCCAACAAUGUGCAGAUCGCAUAUUCUCCAAUCUAUGGAUGAUAGCGGCCGGUCUUCACGGCUCCGGGCCUGGCGCACUGGCCACAAGACGGACAGCCACCAGUCAUCUCGCUGGCUUACUGGCUCGGUGUGUCCGUAUCUCAAACAGUAGACUUAUACAUUACUUGAAGAGUAUGGCUGAAUGGUGUCAUUCGUAUAUUACCGCAACUCAAGAGUCAACCACAGUCAGUGAUAACACCAAAGUGCAUGGAGUGUUCCAUUCUAUAUGCCAUGCUAUAUUCUAUUUAGUUGCAUUCAAAAAUCAUCAACUAUUUGUUAGUAAAGAAAGUGUAAAUUUUGUGGAAUCGUUGAACCUGCCGCGGCUGGUGACCUGCGCGCUGAACCCGCUGCGCACCAGCCCGCCGCAGGUGACGCGCGCCUUCGCCUCCGUGACGCGCGCGCACCAGCUCGUCUACUGCCAGGCCAUCAUCGAGAGGAACACGCGCCACUCGCUGCACCACCACAACGAUCACGUCUACGACGAGUGGUUCCCCUUCGACCCAUACACCUUGCCUAAAUCAGGACAAAUAAUAUGGCCACUAUGCAUAGAAUAUAAAGACUGGGCUAAAGAUUGCGACGAUGAAACGCAAUAUUCUAGCCUAAAGAAGAAACUGGUUGCAGAAGAUGAUGAUUAUUUAGUCGCCAGUCCUAAUCAGAAAUUAGCAAGUUCCCUAUCAAAUUAUAUUUUACCAGGAUUUAAAACGAGUGAGUCUAUUAUGAUGUAGGUACAGUCGCGGGAAGUUACGGUGUUUCAGUUACAGAUUUGUCUUGUUCCUUGCAAAGAGAGAAACUUUGACUUAUACAAACAAGCAAUUAGGUAACAGUGAGUUGCGCAAACUACGGGGUAAUAAGCAUGUAUCCUACAGACUUUUCGUACUGAUACAUUUAUAAGCUGCAUUGUAUUGGUUAUUGUUCCACAUCUCGUUUCAUAUGUUCAAAUGAUUGUUACUUUUGAACUGGAACACCGAAAUUUUCCCAAACUGUACAUUAUAUGACUGUUAUUAGAAGUGAUAUAUAGUUCUUAAAAUACUUAUGUAUAUAUUUAUUUAUAGGGAAACUUCAAUUUAUUUAAUUUUAAUACAAAAUGCAUAUGUUUUAAGAGAAAAUGUACAGUAAAAUUAAAAUAUAACAAAAUGAUAUCACAAUGUUUUCUUUCAUAAAAUUCUUUUUUAUUUUCAAUGAAUUUCAAAAUUUAUUUACGACUCGUAAAUACUUUACAUUAUGUUAAUGUUGAUUUUCACUUAUUUACAUAAAAUACGAAUUUAUGAUUUUAGAUUUGCUACAAGAUAUUAAUUUAGCAUGUCGCCGCCUAAUGUUGUUUCUCAUUUAUGUACAAGGAAUAUUUGAAACUUAUUGGAACUACUAAAUGUAAUAUACAUGUAUAUUUUUUUAUAGUAAAAGAACUAUGCUUGAUUAUUCAAAUUAUAAUAUAAGGCUUACGUCACACUGGCGCAGAAUCAAAAUGAUGAGGACAGUUGUAUUUUUCGUGUCGACAUAUGUAUUUUAUAUACAUAAUAUACUUUGAAGUGACAAUUUUAUUAAUAUUGUUUUCUCUGUAUCGUCAAAGAGAAUUAAAGAUACCUCAAUCAAUAUAAAUGUAAACAACUGCUUUUACAUGAGAGUUGUUUCUCUAGAUAAAAUUACUUUAAUUACUGAUUUCGCUAAUAAAUGGACAAAAAUAUGACAAAAUGUUAGAAAUAAAUGUGACACGUGUCUUACGAAAUUCAUUGGCAGUUCCAUAUAUUUUUGUCUAGAGGGACUGGGGAAAAACUCAACUCGAUACUUUCUGUACCAGUGUGAUCGGAGCCUUAUUUUGAAAAUCAGAUCAUUUCUAGCUUUGUUUAUAUUUAAAUGUAUUUUAACUCGUUUUAUAAUUGCUAAAAUUGCUGGUCUGAUUUUUUGGCUUUAUUUUAAGUAGAAAAUUAUUUAUAUGAACAAGCAUUUUCAUAAUAUAGUUAAGGAAGAUUGUUAAAAUAAAAUGCUAUAUUAUA